AUGUCUGUCACGGCGGUACAGACGAAAGCUCAGCAUAGGUUCAUCGGAAGAGCAGGACGGCGAGCCAAGGAAUUGAUACUGGCCUACCUUUCAUUUCGUUUGAGAAGGCGGGUCGAAGGGAUUAGUAGAUUGGCCCCACCGGAUACCGCAGAAGGAUUGCCUUGUAUUUUUUCUGUUGAAUUGUGCGAAGAAGACAUCGGCUCACCGUCCUACCACCCCGAUGAUUCCGUGCUGAGCUUUCGUCCAUCCUGUGACUGA